AUGCCGAGGCCAAAUCAAAAGAAAGACAACAGAGACUCCGAUAGCCGCCGACCUUCCGUUUCUGGUCCAGACUCUUCGGAAGAAUCUCGAGACGCUAGCAAUUCUAGCAGAAGCCAUGGAAGUAGUGAUAGGAGCAGUAGACGCCGCGCACCUGAAACAUUUUCAGAGCUCUGGGGUCUAAAAAAGACACCCAGAGAAAGGAACGAGCGCGAACGACAAAGCAGCAAGUCCGAAAGAAGUGGGAGCACUACUAGUUCGAAGAGGACUCACUUUACCCACUAUUCUGGGGAGCCAAAGCCUAGAUCAAUGUGGGAUGUUAUUUCUACGAUCGUGAAUAGCCCAAAGCCAAAGAAAGAUGAGCGUCAGGGAUAUUGGGUGAGGGGCAGUAAGGGCACUAUGAUGGCGUUUGAGAAGCCUGGAGAAAGUAGUAGGCGUGCAAGUCAUAGAAAACCUAAAAGGGGUGAAAGGUCUCCAAGUGAUGAGGUUCGGAAUAGCCCCCCUGCGAAAUCCAAGUAUUCCUCAGAAGACGACAUCAGUGCUCCUUUACGGCCCUCCAGAAACGCCGCACGAACCCUCGGCGAGCUUAAACCUCCCAAAAAGUCACGAAUCGAUGUCGUUGGUGGGGAGGGAGUGGUGGAGGAAAAUGACAGUUUCAUCAGCAUAGAAGGCAAAAUCGCCGCCGCCGGAAGCAAUUUCUUCGUGAUAAUUACAGAAAGUUAUACCAUGCUAGUCAACAUCCCUAAUUACUGGGACUACAAAACCAUCACGGGGGAAUUUCAGGAUGUUUACCACGCACUCAGCGAGUACCGGACUUCCCAUCCAACAGCUUCUCCUGGUUGUAUGUGGCUCGUUAAGGGGGUUUAUAAUGACCUUGACGAAAACGGCCAAGCAUCGCUUGUCAAUUUCGACCGCUAUCACUUCUUGACGGACCUGAUCACCAAUAUGUCUGAUUUUAAUUGGGAAGACAGCGUACUACAGCAUGGCUCGUUUGUGGUUGAGAAGGGCGGGGAUGUGAAUAUCACUUUUUCGAUUGGCGUCUUUGCGCAGCCGUAUGGUCCUCCCAGGCUUCAGGUGACUGAUUUUAAAGGUACUCGUUAUCUCGAAGUCGAUCGUAAUGAGAGUAUCCCCAGGAAGAUCAAUGGUAAAAGUGGUACCAAUCCUUUUAAUGAUCCUCAUGAGAGUCCCGCUUGGCCUGCUGCCAAUCAUAAAAAGGCUGUUAGUUUUGUCGACGUCAAUCCUGACGAGAGCAAUGACGACAAGAAGGAGGGCACUGAUUCUUCCAGUUUCAACCCUACCAAGAGCCCCCUCAAUACCCUCGGUAGUAAAAAGAGUACCAAUCCUCUCAGUGAUCCUGAUAAGAAUACCCCCAAAACGAUCAAUGGUAAAAAGGGUACCAAGCCUAGUAACGAUGAGAAUGGUGCCAAUCAUUUCGAUUAUCUUGAUAAGAAUACCUCCAAGACUAUCAAUGGUAAAAAGGGUACCCUUCUUCUUGAUGAUUUUGACGAAAAUAUUCCCAAGCCUACUAACGAUGAGAAUGGUACCCUUCUUCUUGAUGAUUUUGACGAAAAUACCACCAAGCCUACUAACUAUGAGCAUGAUACCACUCUUCUUGAUGAUUUCGACGAAGAUACCCUCGAGCCUGCCACUAAUGAUAAAAAGACCCAAAAGAAGAAGACUACUGAUGACAACAACAACAACAACAACAAGGAGGAAGCCGAUACUUCCAGUUUCAACCCUGCCGAGGAUACCCCCAAUACUAACCACGGUGGUGGUAAAAAGGGUGCCAAAAAGCGUAACAAAAAGGGUUAA